AUGUCUGUGGUGUAGCAUGACAGAGAACUGGGGUUUCCUUUGAUCUAACUGUGGACUUGGCAGCAAUAGAGAGGAAAGAUUUGUAGUCAGAUGCGCUGAUGUGCUGGGCCAUCAGUUGAGGGCAGUGGAGAAGAUACAACUGCAAGAGCUCCCCAGUUCCACUGGAGAAUUAAAACUAAACAGAGCUGUUAUUUGACUUGUCUUCAGAAUCCAUGGUUUCACAUCUUUCCUUUGACUGUGUCCUGCUGUUGCUGCUACUCCUCACAAGGUCUUCAGAAGGGGCAUAUGUAGCUGAAGUGGGUCAGAAUGCUGAUCUGCCCUGCACCUACUCUCCAACCACUUCUGAGAAUCUUGUGCCUAUAUGCUGGGGCAAGGGAUCCUGUCCUGUGUUUGAAUGUCAUAAUACGGUGCUCAGCACAGAUGGAAGGAACUUGAAAUAUCAGACAUCCAACAGAUACCGGCUAAUGAGGAAUUUCCACAAAGGAGAUGUGUCCUUGACUAUAGAGAAUGUGACUCUAGCCGACAGUGGGACCUAUUGCUGCCGGAUCCAAUUCCCAGGCCUAAUGAAUGAUAAAAAGUCAAACCUGGAGUUGGUCAUCAAACCGGCCAAGGUCAUCGCUACUUGGACUCUAUGGAGAGACUUCACUGCACCCUUUCCACUGAUGCUCACCACCAAGGGACAUGGCUCAGAGACACAGACACUGGUGGCCCUCCAUGAUAAACAAACUCAAAUACCCACAUUGGCUAAUGAGUUAGAAGAUGCUGGUGCGACCACCAGACUAGGCGUCUACAUUGGAGCAGGGAUCUCCGCUGGGCUGGCUCUCAUUUUUAUUAUUGGUGCUUUAAUUCUCACAUGGUAUUCAUAUAGCAAAGAGAAGUUACAGAAUUCAAGCCUCAUCACUUUGGCCAACCCCUCUCCCUUGGGGUUAGCAAAUACGGGAGCAGAAGGAAUGCGCUCACAGGAAAACAUCUACGUCAUUGAGGAGAACAUAUAUGAAAUGGAAGAUCCCUAUGAAUACUACUGCUAUGUCAACAGUGAGCAGCAAUCCUGACAACUCGGAGGUCUAACCCUCUAAAUGCCACCAGAUCCUACUACAUCAUUUUUGAGUGUGGUGCAUCAUCUUUGAAAACUAUGAAAUGUGUCAGCUGAUUGGUUUUAGAGGCUCUGUCCACAGCCACUGAACAGAGUUUUUAUAUUUUCUGAAGAUAAUUAGCUCCUGUAGGGAGCAAAAAAUGUUGUGCCCUGCACUGUACUUAGGCAUAACAGCACCUCUGUCUUUCAGCCACUGGGGCCACCCAACUCAGACUGCUAAUUGGGGCAUUAGAGCUCAAAUGGGUUCUUACAUAGAGUAGGAAUUCUUAAUAUAUGGUCCCUGAAAUUCUAGGAAAAUCAGUCACACAAUGUAUCCACAAAGCUCCUGAAAAUAUAGAGAAAAUUAUGUGUUGAGAUAUGUGCAUGUCUUUUUGGGACAGAAAGUCAAAAGGGACCACUGGUUUUCAGAGAUCUGUGACCUAUAAAAACAAGCUCCUGGAGGAGGAGUAGUUGAUCUUGAAUGUUCUCUCUGAGUCUCAAGACUUCUACUUCUCUGAAAUUUGAUUCUUUAACAGUAAAUGCCACUGCAGAGCUCUGCCUUGCCAGUUAGGUAAACUGCCCAGCAAGUUCUGUGAUGUGGCAGGAGCUCCUAGAGAAAAAGGAAGUGUGCUCUUGAUGUGUUGCCAAGUUUUGCCCGGGGCACACUCUCAACAGGAAAUAUCUCCAAGCAACUUCUUCAUUCAUGGAGAGAACUGGAGCUCUGUUUUUCACAGAAGAAGAAGUGGUGACUGGGACACAAAUUCUGGUGGAAAGAAGGCAAAGGGCUCCAGCAAUCUCUGUUAUCAGCAUCCAGUCCUUUUACAGAAAGCCUGAAGCUUCAAUUUCAAGGUGGUGGUGACUUGAUUUGUCUUGCUUAUUUGUUGCUUGCCCAGUGCCUGACACAGCUCUCAAACACCAUAGAAAUUUACUAAAUAUCUUGGAGUGAAAAAACAUAAGGAGAAAGGUAGGCUUCUGGAAAGCCUUUUCUGUUGCAGAGCUUAGAUAGAGCUCUUCUUAGAGAAUACAUAGAUAAUUUCUAAGCUCCCAUAUCUGCUCUUACCUAGUUCAAAGUGAUGUUUAUUUCUUGCAUCAUCCCCUAGAUCAGGUCUUUGGAAGUCUGUUACAGCCUCUUGUCUGUGUCCCCCUUCCUUUUUUCUUGUUUUCUCUUCUCUCUCUCUUUCUCUUUUUGGAGAGGUGCAGAAAGAAAGGGAGAGAGAGAAUCCUAAGCAGUCUCCAUGCCCAGCAUGUAGGCUGAUUUAGGGCUUGAUCUCACAACCCUGAUCUCAAUUACUCAAUUACAAUUUUUGCAAUAAAAAACUGAUUUAAGUGAGUUGGACACUUAACCGAGUUAGCCACCCAGGCGCCCCUGUGUCCCCCUUCCUGUUGAGCCUCCUCAGCAUAUAAAAAAAUCAAUAAUAAAAAUCUGUUUGAGAACUGCCCCUCUCCAGGUAAUAAUCAACUGCUACCAUGCUGUAUGCAGAAAAUGUUGGUCACCACGGAUGUAGGCAGCUUGUUUGUUUCUAGGAGUCUUUCUGGCAGUCUUGUGUGAGUUAUAAUGUUCUGGCUGCAUUUAGAUAGUUGGGAAGUACUGGUGUUGUACAGGAAGCUAUAUAAGGGAGAUUAUUUUGCAAAAUUAUAGGUAGCAGCUCUCAUACAAGAUGAAAAAUUAAUUGUGUUUUAAAGUUAUGAAAUUCUAGAGGGAAGGGACUUCAGAACAUCUUGAGCCCAGCUCAAUGGUUUCCCCCACAGAGAUUCUUAUUCUACAAAAAUAUUUAAACAAGGGUAAUGUAUACAGGAUGAUCAUUGCAACCACGUUUGUGAAAGACUUAUUUCAUCAACGGGAGCAUAGUUGAUUAUUGUGAUGUCAACAUGCUGGUGUAGUUAAAAGGAAUUAAGUGGUUUCAUCAUUGAGCUGUUUUGCUAAUUCAAUGAAUAUUUGAAUGUCUACUAUGUGCCAGGUGCUCUGGUGCUGAGACCAUAGAGAGAGACCAAAUACACAUAUCCUUGAACCCCACAGAACUUGUAGUUGAUCUGACGGUAAGGAGGAUCCAUUCCAUUCAUCCAGUCAGUGAGCAUUUAUUGGCACCUUUGUUCUAUACAGUGUUCUAGUCCCUAGAAAUACAGCAGUGACAGAAGUAGACAAAAUCCCUACUCUCGUAGAGCUUAUGUAAUUUGUCAAAGGAGAAUAUUAUAUUGUUAACAAAAGAAAUAUAAAAAUUUGGAACAGUGUAUGUAGUUGAUGCAAUUUUUUCAUUUUCCUUAAAAAUGUCUGGAAGAGUAUUACAAAAUUAAUACGCCUACCCCAUAGGGGCCAA